AUGUUGUCGACUUCGAACCUUGCGGUGUUUCUGGGUGUUUGCGCCUCCCGCGCAUCCGCCUGGGUCAUUGGAACGGAGCAGUCCGAAACUCACCCAAAGAUGACCUGGCAGCGCUGCACAGGCAGCGGUGGCAACAGCUGCACCAACGUCAACGGUGAGAUUGUCAUUGAUGCUAAUUGGCGCUGGCUUCAUUCCGUUGGAGGCUACACCAAUUGCUUCGACGGAAACGAGUGGAACACCACGGCGUGUGCGACCAACGCCGCAUGUACCAAGAACUGUGCUAUCGAAGGCUCAGACUACCGUGGUACCUACGGCAUUACGACCUCUGGCAAUGCUCUUACUCUCAAAUUCGUUACCAAGAACCAAUACUCUACCAACAUUGGAUCACGCACGUACCUCAUGAAAGAUGCAAACAACUAUGAGAUGUUCAACCUUAUCGGAAACGAAUUCACCUUCGACGUCGACAACUCGCAGUUGCCAUGCGGUCUCAAUGGAGCAUUGUAUUUCGUUUCCAUGCCCCAGAAGGGCCACGGUGCGCCCGGUGCAAAGUACGGGACUGGUUACUGUGACGCUCAAUGUGCUCGAGACCUGAAGUACAUCGAUGGCAAAGCCAACGCAGAAGGUUGGCAAGCAUCCGAAUCUGACCCCAAUGCGGGUAUUGGCAGGAAUGGUGCAUGCUGCACCGAGAUGGACAUAUGGGAGGCAAACUCAGUCUCCACGGCUGUGACCCCACACUCAUGUCAGCCUGAAGGCUACUCAGUCUGCACGGACGAUACAUGUGGUGGAACAUACUCGCUCGAUCGCUAUGCCGGCUCUUGCGAUGCGAAUGGUUGCGACUUCAACCCAUACCGUGUCGGCGCGAGGGACUUCUAUGGCAAGGGCAAGUCUGGUGUAGACACAUCAAAGAAGGUGACAGUCGUCACACAGUUCUUGGGAUCUGGAGGAUCGCUCAGCGAGAUUAAGCGCUUCUAUGUGCAGAACGGCAAAGUCAUCGCCAACCCGGAGCCUACAGUCCCUGGCAUGACAGGCAACUCGAUCACCCAAGAAUGGUGCAACACGCAGAAGGAAGUCUUCCAGGAGGAAGUCUACCCCUUCAACGAGUUCGGCGGCAUGGAGUCUAUGGGCAGGGGCAUGAACCUGGGCAUGGUACUCGUAAUGAGUCUCUGGGACGAUCACUACGCCAAUAUGCUUUGGCUUGACAGCAGCUACCCUACUGAUAAGGAUCCAGAGCAGCCUGGUGUCGCCCGCGGCGAGUGCGACGUCAACAGCGGCGUGCCAGCCGAUGUAGAGUCUGCUAACCCGAAUGCGCAAGUCAUCUUCUCGAACAUCAAGUUCGGGCCCAUCGGCAGCACGUUCGCGCAGCCUGCUUGA